CAGAGCUAUCAGCUGACAGUGAGUGCAGAGGCAGAAAGUGCAAAAAUGCACUUGAGGAUUUCUCUUUUGUCACUGUAAUUUGCCUCUAAAACGUUCGGGCAUCUGCAGCGAGAGAAGACAAAGGAAUGUUAACAGGAAGUGGAGGAAACUGCUGGUGUCUGGAAAUACUCUGAAGAGGGUGGAGAAGUUGUCUCUUAACAAACAGUGAGACAUGGACAUUGAGUACCAGCCACUGUCUUCUGAAGUGUCGUGCCAGCGUUUGUCUAUAGAGACAUCAGAGUGCUUUAUAUGCAGGGAUGGUGAACUUCAAGCCAGUGACCCACUGAGGAAUUUUUGCGACUGCAAGAAUUUACUUGCCCACCACGUGUGCCUAUCCACAUGGAUCCAGACGGGAUGUGGGAGUGAAGACAGACUGCGGUGCAUCAUCUGCAGGGCCAAGUACCAGCUUCAGAGGAGUUCUCCGUGGCGCUCGGUGAGCUUCCAGUGGAGGACAUGGCUCGUGUUGAUCACCACUUUCGUUUUGCUGGGACUAGUUCCUUAUGUCGUCCACCGCCUGAUGACAGCCUUCACCAACCCUCCGCCUUCCAGCACGUUCAAAGUGGCAACAGUCUCGUUUGGGUUACUGUCGGAGAUCCUGCUCCUCAAGUGUCUGUCGAGCUAUGUCAGCGGCCGGUACCGGCAGGCAGAGCAAAGCUCCUUCACCGUCCGGCCGAGAGGCGCUGAGGAUGGAAGAAACAGCUCAGGCCGCUGGGAUCAGUCCGAAUCCCCUUCGGCGGUAGCAGGUCACGCAUCAUCAGUGGUAUCACCCAGCCAGGUGGAGGAGAGGAAAGUGGAUAUGUUGAAGACUGGGUGUCUCAGCUAUUUCUGAACUACUAACAGAAUGAGUUUACAGACAAGGUGAGAGUAAAUCCUUUGGGAAUUAGGUGUGUCCAACAACUGUUAAAGGUACACAUCGGUAUAUCCGUGUAGCAUUUAGGGGACGGUUUUCAAAGUGCUAAAUAUUCCUUUUUCCUCUUAGUCAGUCAUUACACUUUCACUUUAUUCAGUAGAUGUAUUCACACAUGUUGCAAAUUGAUGAUAAGGAAGAGAAUGCACGCAGCUUGCAUGAGUGUGUAGAGGCUUCGAGAGGGGUGGGAGGGAGAGCAUGAAAUCACUCUGUUUCCUUAAUGAUGCCCACACAGAGACAAUGGGGUGCCGCUCUGAUUAGUGUCACCUGUCCUUGUGCAUCUCAUCAGCUCCAUUAUGGCUCCAUCUCCCAUGCUUCUUCUGCUAAUUGAAUAGCCCGUGAAGUGGUGACAAGGACGGGGGCGAAACCGACGUCUGUCCCGCUGCUGCUUUAGAAAUGAGAGUAAAGCUUCCCAGAGAGACACCAGUUCUUAAAACAUCAACCAUUAACAUACAGAUAGAAAUACGCGCUAACAAGUACCCUCAUGUUAUAUUACUGUCAUACUGACUCCAGAUUGCUUUUGUGCUUAACAGCUUUGAAUUAGCGACCACCGUACACUUUUGGGGGUGAUGCAGCAUUUCUUGGACGAUUCAGAUGCUUCAUUCCGAAAGCGCGUCUUUCUGGUGCUAGUUAGCUUUGCACAUGUCGACAAAAACCUGCAUACCAGCACUUUUAAAGCUCUCUGACUUUCUUAUAUCUCACGUGUUUAAUUACAAGAUUUUGAUUAUGUGUCAGAUGUUCUCAACAUGUCUUUGUAAAUGUUUUGAAACCUUUUUGUCUGUUUUUAAUGAGAAUUAUACGAGGUUGUUGGAGAAAAUGUUGUCAUACUUCAUCAUUCCCGUAAGUAAACCCAUAUGGAUUCACCAACGCAGCCGAUUACACCACCACGCGUACAGGCUUAAUUGUUCAUGAUUGUUGUGAAUGAGAUUUGAAAGAUUGAUUUGUAAAAUUUGACAUCAGCACAAAGCUACAAGCUGCACAGGCUGGAUUUUCCUGACUUCUUGUCAGUCUCCAAAAAAUAUCCUGCAUUUCCCACGAUGCAUCCAGUUUUCUUUUUCAUUCCAAGACUGUGUAUGAAGAUCAGUGACCUUCACUAUUUAGUCCCACUAGACAAAAGUGAAGCCAAGAUAUCUCAGCAACGCGGGCAGCCAUGUUGCACUCGUGUCAUUUACGUUGGUCUUGCAUGCUGUUCAGAUCCUACACCUUGUUUUUAAAAUGUGAACUUGACAGAACCAAGCCAGCUUUUCUUUAUCUUAGUGUUGCUUACUUUUUUUUUUUUUUUUUAGAUAAAAUCAUCUGUAACUACUGUUAGUUAACUAAAUAUCACCUCCUGUUUCCACUGUAGCUGCGUGCUUAGCAUGUUAGCUAAAAUAUUAAGGUUUAAAUUCAUGUAUUAUGUGAGUUGGUGAGUUUGAGUCCUGCGCUGCCAGGAUGACUACAGCCAACGACACCCACACUAAAGCCACUAAAGCCACUAUUCAGUUCUCCUGUGGGUGACGUCAUGAAGGGGUUUCCAUCUGUAAUAUACGUCAAGCAUCAAAUAACUCAUCAAUAACAAACUUAUCAGUAAAAUAACAUAUGUCCUCAUGUCCUAUCUGCAUGGAACAUGGAACAUGGAAGGGUUCACUCGGCACUUUAUUAUUUGGGAGAAUCAAGAUGUCUUGGCUUCACUUCUGUGGAAGUGUCAUGGCGUCCAAUUUCUUUGUUAUACGGUAACAAUCUGGUCGACACACUCGAGCUGAGAUACCCUGAUGGGAGCACCUAAACAUCCCUCAUGACAUGUUCUCAGACCCGACAAUGCUCCUUCAGAGCAGCAGGAGAUGAGUUGCCCAUUAAUGUUUGUACAAUAAAUGCUCUGUUUCAACUGUAAUCCAUAGGAAACUGUCUUGUAUAUUAAUGAUUGAGUGUUGUUACUGUAAACUGUUAUUUGGUUCAAAAGCCUUUAUAUAUGAAAACAAAUAAAAUCGGAGGCAGGCCUCAAUGUGAU